ACAUAACCAUUGCCUCGCCUUAGUUCAUCAAAGAUUAUUCAUUGCAUAAUUCAACAUUGAAAACACAUCGUGGAAGGGAGCGAAGAUAUUUUACAGCACCCUGUAUCAGUAUUUUUACGAAAUAUUAAACACAUCGGGGUUUCACCUCUCAUUUAUGCAAUCACAUGUCUCAUAAACGCAGUAAGCUGAGUAAACCAACGAUUGAUGAGCAGCUGCUGUCUGCAAUAAGCAAUGUCAAUGCUAUUACAAAUCAAGGUGUUCGAAGUAGAAGUAAAACUAUUAAGAAGAAAAAUGCCAGUAGAGAUAUAGUUCUUCAAAGAAACGAAGAUGGCGAACGGAUUAUUCAUAAGCCGAGGCAAAGCACUCCGAGCAAUAGAAAUACACAAAGAGAUGAGGAAAUGCCUACAACAUCGUCAGAUUUACAUGAUGUUCCACAGGAAAUGUUAUGUGAGGACAGUGUUACUGAAAGAGAUCUUGAAGCCAUUCUUGAAAGCUGUCAGUUGGUUAAUGGAGAAGUGGAUACUGGGCCAUCUGCUUGGCAAAAAAGAAUGGAAAAUCGAGAAGAAAGUUGAGAAAGUAUGAGGGAAAAAAUAUUCAAUGUCACUGUGUCAUCAUUUGCUCCUCCUUUAUCUGCUAUGAAGUGUUGUAGAUGCAAUGAAAAUGAAGCUGUACUGAGAUGCAGACCAUGUGGUGUGUUGAGAUAUAUUUGUCAAGAAUGCGAUGAUGAUGUCCAUGAGAACAAUCCUCUCCAUGAUCGAGAAGUGUGGUUGGAUGGUUAUUUUCAAUAUAUCAAGCCAACACAAUCCAUUUCAUCUGAUGGAAAGAUUUGCAGCAUUGAUCGAUCAUGUCCCAUCCUUUACCCAUCAUCAUGUCAGUUGUGUAAUGAACCUAUCAUCAAAACUACCAACAGCUCUCUUGUGAUUAUGAUCACUUGUGAAGGACGAUUUGAUCUUAAUUGGUUCACUGUACAUUGCUCAUAUUGUCAAUGGAAGUGGUCACCAAUUUCUGUUGACAGUAUAAUUGAAAAUUUUCAUUACAUAUUUAGUCAAGAUGUCUUUAAUUUGUGGGAUGCAUUUAGAAAGAGGAUGCCUGGGUCAUCACAAUCUGCUUUUGUAAGAAGUUUGGAAGAUAUUUCCAGCUCUAGAGGAAGGGAAAAUGUUAUCAAUCCAGUCACAUUCAGAAAAUCAUUUGCUGAAUGGAGCUAUUGCCAACAUGAAAUUGACCUUCUUCAUGAGCAGACAUGGAAAAAUUGCCCUCCUUGUAGUAUUGAUCAACAUUCAUGUCAUAUUGAUGGAAAUCAAAAAGUGUAUAGAUUCAGCAAAGUACCAAGGAGUCCAGUCCAGUGUUAUUAUCGUGAUGUAUUGAUUGCAAACAAUAGUUUUGUGGAUUCUCAUUUAAAAAGUCUUGGUUCAAAGUCAAUUCAGAAUGAAGAUAAUUCUUGUGGCGACACCCAUUGGAAAGCUGCAAAAAUGGUCUCCAAAUCAAAGAAAAACCAAGACGAGACUGGACUUGAAGUUGCUGGAUGCAGGCACUCGAUUGCUCAAGCUACUUUGAACAUGUUCAGAGGAGAAAUUUAUGGCUAUGCUCACUACUUGCAUAUGAAUUUUUUACAACCACAUAAAGUUAAAUAUAUGUGGGAAGAUAUUAUAUGCAAAUAUUGUCCUUGGGCUCUACGUGUUACAUCGGAAGAAAAUCAAAAUGCGCAAAAAAAUAUUGCACCAGCAUUGUCUAUAAUGCAUGGGAAAUCACACAGUUGGUCAUGUCAGGUUAUUUGGAGCGGAAGAUGGCAAAGUGGUGCGGCAGCAACUGCUGGCGAAGAAGUUGAGCAAAUAAAUUCGUAUUUGUCAAGACUUGGCUCGACUACUAAAAAUAUGACGGCCUCCGGACGAGAAGAAUGCAUUACUGAACACCUUCUGAGUUGGAACAAGCGAAAAAUUUUAAACUUGGCAAAAUCACUUGUUAUUCGAAUGAAAAAGACCGAAAGGAAACUUUCAUCUGCCAGGGACGAUUUUGUAAAGUUAAGAAGCGAACUUAAUGUCCAGGAUUCAGACUUGGACGACUCGAUAAUGCAGUGGAAAGAAGAAGUUCAACAAUUUGCGAGAGAACAACAAAUUGGAGUUUCUUCGUUGAAAGGUGCCGCCGAAGAGUUCUUCCUUUUGCAUCAAACUGUUGAAAAUGCUCAACAUUUGGAGAAUUUUGUAAGAGCCAACGAUGAUCAAACGCAGACAUUAUUGGGUGAUAGGCGUUUCGUUCAUGACGCUCAAAACAAAGUGAAACAACUUGAACGAAAUGCAACAAGAUUGCUGGAAUCGAAAAGACAGCUUUUAGAUGAACACGUGACAGAGGAGCAGCUUCUUGAGCAAGGAAAGUCGCAGCUGGCAAAAAUCACAGUAGCAAAGCUGCAGAAAAGAUUAGAAAUGUUGUAUUUUUCAGUCACUAGACCCACAAAAGAAAUAACUUCUCUUGCUGAUUCUAGCAAACGAAGAUCUUCCAUGAGAAAGAAAUGCGCUAAAGAGAAGUCCGAAAUAAUAUCCACCGUAGAAGAGUUAAAUUGCCUCUCAAGUCUGUGUGGUCUUCCUACGACAAGUGCGGAAGAAGUCAUGUCUGAAUAUUUUGUUUGGUCGUUUAACCAGUGUGACAUAGAUAGUACGAAAAGAAUUUUGUGAACAUUUCAUGAACUUUUACAAAAAUUAAAAAAUUUUUAUGAACUUA